AUGGCAGGCCUCGAUGUAGCCGGCGUGGUUGGCACUUGGGUUGCAGCCGGGAUUGCUCUUAUCGCCCUUGUCGGCAUUGUGAGCCCUAUACCGAGGGUCAGAGCACCACGGAUCAAUAAAGCGAGAAAGUUCGACGGCGAAGAAUGGAAAAGUUUUGAUUCAAAGAGACUGGCCAUCGGUGAUAUUAAGAGCAUUGACACGCCAGCAUCAUGGGUGACUUUCGGCGCUUUUCUUGGCGGGCAUUCAGUAGAAUUUGAGAAGGACGCAGAUAUUAUUGUGAAUGAGGGUGCUGCGUUUAUCCCUGUCAGCAAAGCGUUUUUGAUGACUUUCGCUCUGGUGGGGCGGUUUUCGGACGAGCAAGAUAGGAGGCGCAAGCUGAAGGGAGAUGGAGUUCGCAUGUGGGAUCGCCGAGCGUCCAGUUUGAAACCGAGGGACAUCGAACUGGGGAAUUUGCGCGGGCAGGCACUGCCACGAGUCAGAUCUAGGCCAGACAUACAAAUCCAUGGCCUUACUGGAUCUUUGUAUUUUAUAUCGCCCGGGCACAGCAUUUCUGGAGACCGAGUAAAAGAUUCAUGGUCAGUCAUCUUUGUGGGGGAGUCGAUGCUGAAGCCACUAGAGAUACCCAAGGACUCGAUCAGUCUUGAGACGAUGGGCAUGCUCUCGUUGGGCUUUCUGCCUUUCAAGGAUCGAUGCUUUGUAAACGUGCUUGAUCCGCUGGAUGAAGACGACAAUGACAGUGCCAACUCCAGUGUCAACUCAGAUGAAGAUGUUCAGACAGCGAGAGGAUUCCGGAGGAGACUAUCAAGAAAGACGGCAGAAGACGAUGAUCCUGACAACAUAAUUCUACCUCGUACUCUCGUACGAACCAAGAACUUCAUCAAUAAAGACGACUCGCCCAUCUCAGUUAUUGCAUAUGAGUUGCAAGAGAUCAUUGUAACUGAAGCUGAAUUCCUAGAAUGGUUCUCCUCCCAGGAAGACGCAAAAUACCUGGCGCUCUAUGAGAUGAAACUAGACGUGCAGACGCGACAAGAACUGCGAGAGCUCGCCGAUCAGACGUAUGUGCCAGCUGCUGCACACUGGGUGCGACUCAAAAACGCCCUGGCCAGCUAUAACUCACCGCGGGUGGAAUACUUCAUCCGCCGCGAGGACGCGCAGCGAAUCGCAUACAGCCUACUUGACCUUUCGUGGCAUCCCGAAGGAUAUCUCAUCCCCGGUGCCGCGAAAGAGAAUGAGCGAGCCAGUAUGAUGGAUUUGCUUUGUUCCAUUUCCGAACGGACUCGUCCAUUCGUCAUCCGUCUCAAAGAAGGGGUUUCGGCAUUGGAACUGAGUUCCCGCGAUGAAAAGGCCUUCCUAGAUGCUACGGAGCCAGUCAUCCGAAGAGCAGUCUCGUCGCCCACAAGACGUGCCCUGCUGCAGCCGUUGUUUGCGUUUGAUGAGUUCCUCAGGAAAUUGCAACAUGACCGUGCUGAAGUCCAGCAGAUGGUAGGUAUCUUGAUGUUAACAAACGCAGAAUUUGCAGAAUUGGUAUACCAGUCGGCGCGACACAUGACUAGUUUAUCUCAGGCCCGCGUGGAAAUUGACCUGCGGACUGGUGUUUUGACAGUACCCAGCGCGUUUGGGACUGUACAGACAUUCGAGAUAGAUGUACAUAUUCUAUAUAGAGCGUCUCUCCAACUAGGAAGUCAGGAGAAAAUCUCCGUGAAGCACUCAGAUAUCCUAAAAGCGGCUCUACAUGCGUACCUGAGAAGUUUGAUGCUAACAAGCUGUUAUGAUGCAGAACCUUUGAUUGCAUGUUUUGAGACUAUGAAGUCAGAUAUCUUUUACAUGGCUUAA